AUGGCGGACGUCCAAGCAGAUACUGGAGUGGCACAUUAUCGUAGCAGAGAUCCUAUAAAGAAUCUCAGAAUUAAAGUAACAUUUAAGCCUGUAACGUCGUCUAGUUUGGUUCCAACUGCUAGCCUACCUAGUACUGAUGGUGGUCGAAUUCAAGAUCUGAAUCCGCCAAACCAUCAGCAACCUCAAGAAUGUGAAACAUACACGAUACGAUGGCAAGAAAAAUUGUUCUCUAAGAGAGAAGUGGAGUUGUAUAGAGAUGAGCAGAAUUGCUUUUCUGCUUUAGAUUAUAAAUAUCAUGAGGAAGUUAUCAAAUUAGAAGAAAAAGGUGGAAGACCUACAAAUAGAUUGUUUACAUAUGUUGACCAUGAUAGAUUUACUGAUAUUGAUGAUAGAACCACUAUGAUGACAACUUCACCAAAUGAGAAACCCACAUGGUUGGCUGAAAGAGUCAGAAAUGUUAGACAACGAAGAGUUAAAGAUAGAGGAGGACGAGAAGGGGAAAAUGCCAUGUUAGCAAAGUUGAGUCCUAUCAUCAAUGAGCCUAGUGAAGAGUUCAAAUUACGUACACAUUUUAUUAACACUCCGUUCCAAGCAAUGCGUAUCAUGGCAGAUCUCAGUGCCAAAGGAACGCAGCCAGAGAUUGGGGAAGAAUACUUACUCUGUACUAUUAAAGUUGAUGUGAAUGGCGUGAUAAGUGUAAAACCUGAUUUCAAUCGACAUAGACCUGCGUAUAUCACAGUAACAUCCACGGCAAAACGAGAUGCGUACGAAUAUACCUUACAACACGUCUCCAAACAAAUGUCACGAGAAGAACAAAAUAGAGAAAUGAGAAUGAAUAGAGAAUUGUAUAGUAGACACGUAGAUUUCAUGACAGCUUGCGUAGGACAUGAAUUUGAAGGAGUUCCAAAUGGAGUUCUCAGGAUGUUAGCUUUGGGUGAAAUAGUUUCAGCCAGAAAUUAUGAAUAUGACAAUCUUUACAUACAUUAUUUUAUUGAGCUUCCAAGAAAUUGGUCCGUGGCUCGUAAUCAACAGUUAUCAGGAAUCUCAGAAAAUGUAGCAUAUUUUUGCUGUCCAUUUGAAUUUGACCUUCUUUAUCAUAAUGAUGACAUAACUGAGGAUGACAAAUAUGUUAUGCCACACUGGCCACAGCUGUUUGUAGAAGUAUUGUCAUUAGACUCCUGGCAGAGAUACAGAACUGAAGGAUAUGGCUAUAUAGAUUUCCCAAAUACCUCAGGCACACAUGAACUAGAGAUCAAAACAUGGCGACCUCAAGGUAACUCAUUAAUUGACGAAAUGAGAAGAUUCUUUAUCGGUGGAUCUCCUGAGCUGGAAGAUCCAACGUAUACAGCAGUUCCUACCACCCAUGAGGGUGAAAUUCUCAGUAAAUUUGGAUUCAAGACUGAGACUACGGGAUCCGUUAAACUACGUAUUAAUAUUCUCCAACAAAGUCAAGUAUUCAUGGAAUCUCAGACAUCAAAACGAAAAGUUGGCAGUCUGAUUGACAGACUUGGUGGUUUGAGUAUGCAACAUUCUGUCCAGAGUGUACUCGAAUUAUUUCAGAAAGCCAGGAAGAAAAUGCAAGCAGCAAGAGACAGUCUUCAAACUUUGUAGUUUCCCCACCUCCCACAGAAGUACAUAUAUGUGUAAUCUCCAAUGUCAAUUUGUGUUACACUUUACAAAAUAAAAUCUGUUAGAUUUGUUUCAUAUUUUUUCUAAAAUGUUGAUCAAGACUCGUAGGGGAAUUAUGUCAAUC